GUAACUAAACACAACUCUGCACCAUCAUCAGACAAAUUAAUCAUAGAACUUCUUCUUACCUGGCUACUUAUUACACCCUGCUUUGCAACAGAAGUUUAUUCACUAGGUUACUUACACUCCACUCCAAGAUGCCGGUCAUUCCUUCGGACACCACCAAUUUGCCAUCAACAGCCAGCAAUAGCUCCAACCAGAAUGAACCGCAGAAGGCCACUGCUCAGGACCAUCUUUCUAAAGGACCACAAAUUCCAGAUAAUAUGCCACCCAAAGCUUCCCGGGAAGAAAUCGAAGCACGCAAGAAAGAGCUGAACAAAUGAACCAGAGCUCUAACGGAUGACCACGAUGGGACUUUCAUUAUCAUGAAUCAUGAUGUGUAGCGGAAAUGUUUUGUAGGACUGUCACUAGUCUGGUUGAUUCUGUACAAUGAUACAGGAAGCAAUUUCAUAUGUAUUAUUUAUCAGACUCAAAGAUUGUCGUAGUAGUCGUACAUAGAAUAAACGACAUCGGCUCUUGACGAUACCAAUUAUUAUUAUCCUCCAGCACGGAAUAGAACUACAUUCAUUGAC